UACUGGAACGAACUGUCAAAUUUAAAAAAAAAAACAAUGUUUGUGGUUGACUUGUAUAUUUUUAUUUUGGCAUUGAGUGUGGUGAUGUCAGAUUGUUACCAAGAAUCAGUGCGGUGUGUUGAUGAAGAAAAUAAUGCAGUUGACUGGUGAGAUUUGUGGGAAAAUGUAACGGAACACUAGGAAAGUCACCCUUUUGCCAGUGGUGUCUGAGUCACAGGUACGUCAUUUAUAAGCUGCCAAAGAUAAAAGCUUCAGACAAUGUGUUAAUUAGAAAUGGCCUUGCAUAUCUAUACAUGACAUCCAAUGCAAGCAAAGGGUGGGUUUUAUCCUCAAAAUCAGUCAACAGCACUGAUUCACUGCCUGGCAGGACAAUGAGUCAGCUGUAUGAGUCAUGUUUAAAUCAAAAUAGCAGUCUUCUGUGGUUAAUAUACAAUGAUGAGCCAGUUAAUGGUACUUCAUCUUUAGAUCUAGGACACACAAAAGGAGUUGUUGUGGCAAAUAUGGAUGGUGGAUUUUGGCUGGUUCACAGUGUUCCUAAGUUCCCUCAUGUUCCUUGCACAUCACAGAUGUAUGGGUACCCUGCAACAGGACUUCACUAUGGGCAGAGUUUCUUCUGCAUUAGUAUGGCUGCCAAAUCCCUGGAUAUUGUGGGAGAACAGCUAUUGUACAAUGAACCAGAACUCUACAGUUCACAGAUACCUUUUAAUUUAAAGGACGUAUAUCCAAAUUUAUCACUUGCAUCUCAGAAAAAAUGGAUAGAAGCUGCACCUUGGUUCAACAUAGCUACACUUACAUCCACAAAAGGAGAUUCCUUUUGGUCUUUUGCAAAAUCACGCCACUUUGGGGAAGAUUUGUAUGCAGAUCUGGUGGCUCCUAAUCUGAAAUCUGACCUCUUUGUUGAAUCGUGGCAGAAUGGUGAAGGAAAACUUCCAUCGGAGUGCCAGUCAGACUUCAUUGUUGAGAACAUUGCAGCUGUAACAUGCAACACUGGAAAAUCACAAGUGGCUGAAUUCCAUUCAAGUAAGGAUCAUUCCAAGUGGACAGUUACAAGUAACAGCAGCAAUCCAUGGGUCUGCAUUGGUGAUAUAAAUAGAAUGGAAUCUCAAAAGAAGAGAGGGGGUGGCACUGUGUGCACGUCCAACAAAGAUUUAUGGAUUGCUUACAGACGUACUGUACAAUCUGUUGAUUCCUGCCCAGUGGCAGAAGAUUUUAACAACAAAGCCUCUUACAUGGAGAAACAAGCAACUGUGUAUUUAUUGUUAUUUAUAUUCAUUUAUAACAUCGUGAUAUAAAUGCAAUGAAAUUACUGACAGUAUUAAUAUCAUGAGAUUUGGCCACACAUCUCAUUAAUUAAUAAAAAUUAAUUUCUUACAAAAUUUAAUGCUGUAUUCAAUUAUACAAUGCACUGUGUUGAGAAUUUAU